ACGACCUGGCCAACCCUCUCUCGAUGCACACCGACCACGCCUUCAUCGAGGGCGUCCCCGGCGCGCUGCAGUUCAUGUACCAGGCGCAGGGCUCGGUGCGCACCAAGGUGUGCGACGGCCUCGCCGUCGCGAACGAGCUGCGGCGCACCGACCCGGAGGCCUUCGAUCUGCUCUCGACGGUGCACUUCACGCACGCGCUGCGCACCGUGCACUACGACGCGCGCGGCGACUACUGCCACCUCGGCGCGCAGCACGACGGCGUCUUCGAGGACUGCCACACCCACCCGAUCCUCGAGCUGGGCGCCGACGGUGAGGUGGCCAAGGUGAUCCAUUCCGAGACGAAGCGCGGCGUCGCCGCCGUCCCCUUCGACGUCUACCCGCAGGCGAUGCGCGCGUACACGGCGUGGAUGCGGAUGGUCGAGGACGAGCGCUUCGUGCGGUGGGUCGACUGGCCCGAGCACACGAUGCUCGUCACCAACAACCACCGCGUGCUGCACGGCCGCGCCACGCAGCCCCUCAACGGCACUGAGCGUUGCAUGGUGUGGGGCUACGCCUACCAGCACAUCUCCGAGCUGCGCUACCGGCUCCUCAAGCAGCAGGCGCUCGAGCGGAGCGGCGUGAGCGACGCGUGGACCACGCGGCUGCCCAACCAGCUCGUCGCCGACCUGUGCAGGCUGCGCGAGAUGUGAAGAAGCGCGGGCGGCCAGGGCCGCUGGAACGUGGAAGGCUGGAUGUGUGCCAUCGUUCAUCUGCGGAUCGACAGGAAUCAGGAUGAAGC